AUGCCUUCGUACCUGCCUUUGACAUCGACGAAUUCUGACCGCAGCUGUCUUAUUGAAAGGAACUUUAAUCUUGGAUUGAACUCUUCAGAAAUCCUAAGCUUUCUUCUUCUCGCACACGGAGUACGACCCAGUAUUCGACAGCUAAAGAGGGUCCUCUUCUCAAUGGGGUUAUGUAGAAGAAAAAAUCACAGCGAUCCGCACGUAGUCAUUGCUGUGAUUGAAAAAGAGCUCGAAGGAUCUGGUAGUUUGAUUGGAUAUCGGCAGUUGCAUCAAAGACUUCGAGUAGACUAUGGCUUGGUGGUCAGCAGAGAGACAGAGAGACAGUUCGGCUUGCAAUGAAACACCUCGACCUUGGGGGAGUUGAGAGGCGAUCACGGCACAAGUUAAAAAGAAGUACAUACUCUGCCAAA